AUGCACAACUCCAUCCUCUUAGCCGCUUGGGCUGGCGUUUCUUUUGUCCUCUACAAGAUCAUCUCCUCGAUCAUUAUCUCGCGCCGCCAUGCUGCUAGAGCACGUCAAUUGGGCUGUUUGCCCGCCCCUGAGACGAAGCAAUCUCCAUUCGAUCCCCUUGGACUCCAGAAUGUUGCCAAAAUAAUGAAGGCGGACAAACAAUCCCGUAUACCGCAGUAUUUGAAAGAUCGCGUCGAUGAUGCGUGCGCGAGGGAAGGCAAGAUCAUCAACACAUUCCAUCAAAAAAUCAUGGGCGCAGAGGGAUACUUCACAGUGGAACCAAGAAACAUCCAGGCUAUACUGGCCACGCAAUUCAAGGACUACGGAUUAGGAGAAAGGCGAAACGGGAACUUUGCUCCACUACUCGGCCAUGGCAUUUUUUCCAGCGACGGCGAGCAAUGGGCGCAUGCGAGGUCACUACUUCGGCCACAGUUCGCUCGCGACCAAGUCAGCGACUUGGACCUUGAGGAAGAACAUAUGAAGAACAUGAUGCGCGUACUGCCUACCAACUCAGACGGCUGGACAGAUGUCACAGACCUAAAGCCGCUCUUCUUCCGCCUGACGCUCGACAGCGCCACAGAGUUCCUCUUUGGCGAGAGCGUUGACUCUCAGCUCGCAUCACUACCCGACUACAAGUCUAGUAAGCCCCCAAUGGCUGUUAACGAGCAAGACUUUGCCACGUCCUUCGACCAGGCGCAGAACACCAUUGCCCAAGCUAGCCGCCUUGGAGAGGCCUACUGGCUCGUAUACGACAAGACGUUCAAAGACCACUGCAAACGCUGCCACGAGUUCAUUGACCACUACGUCCAACUCGCAUUGUCAAAGGAGAAGGGUACUAUCCAGGAGAAGUCGCAUGGCAAGCAAAAAUACGUCUUCCUUGAUGGACUUGCGGAAUCUACCCGCAACCCCAUCGAGCUUCGCGAACACCUGAUAUCAAUUCUACUAGCCGGUCGCGACACCACGGCAUCGCUACUGUCGUACGUUUUCAUGCUCCUUUCAGAGCACCCAGAAGUCUACAACGCCCUACGCAGCGUUGUGUUGGAGACUUUCGGCACCUAUUCGAACCCCAAGAACAUUACUUUCGAGUCGCUGAAGUCUUGCAACUAUUUGCAGUGGGUUUUGAACGAGACUCUGCGUCUUUACCCUGUCGUCCCUGUUGAUGGUCGCCGUGCCCUCAAGGAUUCUACCCUUCCCGUGGGCGGUGGUCCAGAUGGCACAGCACCUCUCUACGUCAAGAAGGGCAUGCAAAUAGACUACAGUGUAUACAUCAUGCACCGUCGUGCUGAUCUUUGGGGUCCCGACGCUGAAGAAUUCCGACCUGAGCGCUGGAACGGAAGGAAGAGUGGGUGGGAGUAUCUUCCUUUCAACGGCGGCCCAAGAAUCUGCAUCGGGCAGCAGUUUGCCCUGACAGAAGCUGGGUAUGUAGUUGUAAGGUUGAUGCAGAGGUUUGAGGCGAUUGAGGGUGUUGGUAAUACUUGGGAGCCGAAGGAGAAGGGUGGUAUGGGUUAUGUCAGGAAUGGGCUCAGCUUGACGACAUGUCCCGCGGAUGGUGUUAAGCUGAGGUUGAAGGAAGCCAAGGAGUAA